CUGCAUUUUUUUCUUCAGCUAGCUCUUUCCAUCUUUGAAGUCCAAAAAUCAUUAUCCCUAUCUUAAUUUGGUGUCUCGAAUCAACAAAUCUUUCGUUGAAAAACAAUCCCAACAAUGACAGAGAAAAAUUAUAUUUCAGAAAUACCACCUGGAUCUACCAAGUUUGUGCCUAGAAACAUUGAAACUCCAACAAUUUAUCCUCAUCAGAGUGAGAAAUUCAUGGAUGAUUUCGAAAGAGGUGGACAAGGUCUCCCUCAGAAACAGAUAGCAGUUCCAGCAGAAGCGUCAUCGAUGGCAAUGCCAACAAUUCCAUUGGUAUCGAACAUAAAUACGCCUCUACUAAUCAUAGAUGAAGAAGAACAGAAAGAUGAAAAGAUAAAUCUGAAUCCGUUGUCAUUACUGAGUCCACCACCAAAUCCACGUCAUUUUUCAUCUUCUCACAUCAACGAAGAAUCAAAGACCAUGAUCUCUCAUGUCAAGUCAGUUUUGGUGUUCCAACUCACCUCUGGAAGCACAAAAAACAUUGAAGCAAUGAUUAAGUGUGCGAACAAUGCCUUCUUCAACUUGGAUUUUCUUGAAGCAGAUUAUUCAUCUUUCUACAACAAUGUUAGGGAUUUCAUCGCGUAUCAUUAUGAUUUGCUCACAGCUAAGAGUCAGAGAGAAAUGCAGUCAUUUCCUAUAGAGCUGAAGACUAGAUAUGAAAACGCGAUAACUUGUGCAAAUGAUCUUAAAGAUGAGAUCUUUCAAACACAAAGACAUAUCGCGAUGGUUAUGAAAAAGAAGGAAAGUUUAGAAAGACAGAUAGUAGACGCGAUGGAACUGAUUGGUAAGCUGAAAGAAUGCGUGGCUGUUCUAAAACAGGAAGAAGGGGCUUUGAAAUACGAGGAACAAAAAUGUGUUGUAGCGUAUGAGAUUGCAAAUCAUGAGGUGCAAACAAUUUGUAAUCAAGCCGAGGCAGCUAAGAAUGUACUGAGGGAAAUUGAUCAGCGCGAAAAUGCAGCUCUCAAUGGCAUUGAGUCAGCCUUGCAUCGUCUAAAAUCCAUAUAA